UUGUAUAUAUAAGACACAGCUGUUACCAGGUCUGGGAAAAACCUGAUAUAGAGUAGUGUAUGAUAAGUAUAUUAAUAUAAUAGUAUAGAUGUGUACCUCCUCUCAGUUUGUAGUAGUAUAAAAGAAGCGAACUAGCUCAACACCGGAAGCCAAGCAAGACGUUUCUGUAUUUACCGAAGUAUAACAAAGAGGCAGGGAGAGAGGGAGAGAGGGAGAGAGAGAGAGAGGGAGAGACGGAGAGAGGGAGGGAGAGAGAGAGAGAGAGAGGGUGGCCUGGUUGCAGCCUGCAGGUGAUUGAGAAGGUGGGAGAGAAAAAAACACAGAGGGUUGAGGGGAAUGUUGUCCGGCUCGAUGCAACAAUCUAGCUAGCUAGCUAUUGAUAGCUAGUUUGUGUCAUCGGACCAGGCUUCAUUCCCCCCAACUAUUUCCUUCACCUUCAUCCACAACUCUAUCCACAUCCAUGUAGUUUCCUCAUUUCAUUAUAUGUAUUCAAAUACCCGUGUGCGUGCAAGCUACACAUGCACUUUACCAGUUGAAUUUACAUUAGCAUAUAUCCUAUAUAUACGGUUCUCCGUUGUUUGUCAUAUACAGGUAAACAUACAAAUGCAUAUGAGUAUAUAUUUAUUUAUAUAACAUAUUUGCAAUUGCGUGUGACAGAGGAAGAGAAAGAAAGAGGUGUGGCUAUUUCGGGGGAUUAUGUGUAUUGAUAUGAUUUCCAUGCAGAGUAACUGCAAGUUUGAGUACUCCAGAGUCCAGAGUGGAGUACAAGAUUGGAGUCAUCAUGCUUUGCUGAAUGAUAUAUUCUCCCUCUUCCAGCUUCUUCUGACAAUCCGCACAGAGGGGGUGAGUAAAAAGGGAAGAGAGAUUCGAAAUGGGGAGGCUAUCUACUGAAAUCGAAGAAGGGAACAAAAAAAGUCCAUGGACUGCUGAAGGGGACCUUGUUUUGGCUUCUCACUUUCAAAAGCCUGGACUUGGCUCUCCAGUUUCAAUGGCUCCAGUACCAUUGCUGUCAUCAAGUUUGAUGAGUUUGAAGCCACCUCGUGGAUGGAGUCAAAAUGCCAGUCAUCAGCAGCCGAUGAAUCAUACUAAUAAUCAUCAAUUGUGCAAUCAAACCGCAUCCCAAAUCACUGAGGCAUCUAGUUGCUCAGAAAUUGUUGUGCCUUAUGUUUUUAACAUUGACAAUGUAGCAAAGUGGCUGCAGAACUGGAAUUCGGAGACUCUCAAUUCGAAGUCGGAUAAUGUUGGUGCUUCUAAUCCGCCUCCGCUUCCACCUCCUGUUGGCCUAGAUGUUUUUAGUGGGGAUCAGCAGGAGAUUUUUCUGCCUGCUGCUGAAGUUGCUACUGCUACUUCUUCUGGUUGGCAGAAUAAAGAUGACCGCCUUUCACCGCUGAAAAUGCCUGUUCUUCGUAAUCAGGAUCAUUGGCCAUUUUUUUAAAUGUUUCGUCUUUGCUGGUAGGUACACAUAAACAGGAGAUUGAGACGUAUACAUGUCUUAUAAGUAUGACGUGGU